AUGAAGCUUCGAGCAUUCGCGGCAGCCUUGCUGCUCGUCGAAAGUGCUCUUGCUAGCAUCCCCACCAUCGAAAUCAAAGGCUCCAAAUUUUUCUAUUCCAACAAUGGAACCGAGUUCUACAUCCGAGGCAUAGCCUAUCAGGAGAACUACAGUGGCGGAGGAGCAGGUGGCACCGGUCAGACAAGUGAUUCUGGCUACCAGGAUCCGCUGUUCAAUCUCACCAGUUGCGAGCGCGACAUUCCCUAUCUCACGCAAUUGCGCACAAAUGUUAUUCGGACAUACACCCUGGACCCAUCCAAGAAUCACGAUGAUUGUAUGCAGAAGCUUGCCGACGCAGGCAUCUACGUGAUCAGUGACUUGUCCUCGCCCGACAUUUCUAUCGAAGCGAACUCUCCCGUGUGGACGGUCGAUCAAUACGAGCGAUACACCAGUGUCAUCGAUGCUUUUCAAAAGUACGACAAUGUCGUUGGUUUCUUUAUAGGCAACGAGGUUGUCAACCAGAUGAACCAAACCAGCGCCGCGGCCUUUAUCAAGGCCGCUGCUCGGGAUAUGAAGACCUAUAUCAAAGACAAAAGCUACCGGAGCUCGCUCGGCAUCGGCUACGCAACAACAGACCAGGAAGAUAUCCGAACAACGCUUUCAGACUAUCUAAACUGCGGCGACCAGUCGAGUGCAAUCGACUUCUUCGGCUACAAUAUCUACGAAUGGUGCGGCGACCAAACAUUCCAAACCUCAGGAUAUGAAGACCGAACCAAUGAGUACCAGAAUUACUCAAUCCCGGUCUUUUUCUCAGAGUACGGUUGCAAUACCGUGAGACCCCGCAAAUUCACCGAUAUCCCCGUCCUCUUCGGUCCACAGAUGAGCGAUGUAUGGAGCGGUGGCAUCGUCUACAUGUACUUCGAAACCGACAAUGACUACGGCCUCGUCUCAGUAGACGGCAACUCCGUCACUACCGAAGUCGAUUUCAGUUACUACUCUAGCCAGAUCCAAAGCGCAACCCCUAGCGGCACCAACAGCGCCAGCUAUUUUCCGACCAACUCGCCGCGUGCGUGCCCAACCGUUAACGAGAGCUGGCUCGCAAAGUCGAGUCCUCUGCCCCCGACUCCGAAUCAACAGCUUUGCUCUUGUAUGGUUGCUAGUCUAUCCUGUGUGGUUAGCGAUUCUGUCAAGGCAGAAGACUAUUCCGGUCUCUUUGCUGAAGUGUGUGGAUACGGCACACACAUCUGCGAUGGUAUUGCGCACAAUGCGACUAGUGCAGAAUAUGGUGCCUACAGUGUGUGCACUAGCAAGGACCAGCUCUCCCAGGCGUUCAACCGGUACUACGAGAGUCAGGAUAAGAGCAGCUCUGCGUGUGAUUUCAAUGGUGCGGCUAAGGUUCAGACUGUGAAGGAUGGUUCCGGUGAUUGCAAUGCUCUUGUCAGCCAGGCUGGUGGCGCUGCUGGAACUGGCACCGUUACUUCUAAUCCUACUGGGGGUUCUGCUAGUACAUCUACGUCAAAGGGAGCUGCUGCUGGGACUGUUGGUCCUACUGUGUUUGUGAGCGGUUGGUUGACAAUGACUUCUGCUAUGGGGGCUGCUGUGACGGGUCUCCUGAUGAUGGCGCUUUAG